GUCGCAACAACAGAUCCACAAGACCAGAAGCUAGAAAACAAAACUCGAAAGCAAGCCUGGUUUUCCUUUUUUCUCUUAUAUUUAUCGAUUUUGCGGUUAGGGUUUUGUCUUUGGUGUUCCAAUUUUUUAGAGAUCCGCGAGAGAUUGGAAUUGGGAGGGAUUGGCAAUGGGAGUGCCAGCGUUCUACAGAUGGUUAGCGGAGAAGUAUCCGCUUGUUAUAAUGGACGUUAUCGAGGAAGAACCGGUGGUUAUCGACGGCGUCUCCAUUCCGGUUGAUACGAGUAAACCUAACCCCAACAAACUCGAAUUCGAUAAUCUUUAUCUCGACAUGAACGGGAUCAUUCAUCCUUGUUUCCACCCCGAAGACAGACCUUCGCCGACAACUUUUGAUGAAGUAUUUCAGUGCAUGUUUGAUUACAUUGAUAGAUUGUUUGUUAUGGUCCGCCCUCGGAAGCUUUUAUUUAUGGCCAUUGAUGGCGUUGCCCCUCGGGCCAAAAUGAACCAACAGCGCUCUAGGCGAUUUAGAGCAGCAAAAGAUGCUGCAGAGGCGGCAGCUGAAGAAGCAAGGCUACGAGAGGAGUUUGAGAGGGAGGGCAGAAGGCUUCCUCCUAAAGAGGAAUCACAACUUUUUGAUUCAAAUGUUAUAACACCUGGCACUCCAUUUAUGGCUGUUUUGUCAAUUGCUUUGCAGUACUAUAUCCACCUUAGGUUAAAUUAUGACCCUGGAUGGAAAACAGUCAAGGUUAUUCUUUCUGAUGCAAAUGUUCCUGGUGAAGGAGAACAUAAAAUUAUGUCAUAUAUUCGGCUCCAAAGGAACCUUCCUGGUUUUAAUCCAAAUACACGCCAUUGCCUGUAUGGUUUGGAUGCUGAUUUAAUUAUGUUGGCCUUGGCCACUCAUGAAGUUCAUUUUUCAAUCCUCCGAGAGGUUGUCUUUACCCCUGGACAAGAUAAAUGCUUCGUGUGUGGUCAGAUGGGCCAUGUAGCAGCAGAUUGUGAAGGAAAGGCAAAGCGAAAGGCUGGAGAAUUUGAUGAGAAAGGUGAUGGAAAAGCUGUGGCCAGAAAGCCUUACCAGUUUCUGAACAUAUGGACACUUAGGGAGUAUCUGGAAUAUGAGAUGAGAAUCCCCAACCUUCCUUUUGAAAUGGACUUGGAGCGUGUUGUGGAUGAUUUUAUAUUCAUGUGCUUCUUUGUUGGCAAUGAUUUUUUACCUCAUAUGCCCACACUAGAGAUUCGUGAGGGUGCAAUCAACUUGCUAAUGGCUGCAUACAAGAAGGAAUUGAGGUCAUUGGGUGGUUAUUUGACCAAUGGAAGCAAGCCAAAUUUGAGCAGGGUAGAGCAUUUUAUCCAGGCUGUGGGAUCCUAUGAAGAUAAAAUAUUCCAGAAAAGAGCACGAUUGCAUCAGCGUCAAGCAGAAAGAAUCAAGCGUGAAAAAGCACAAGCUAGAAGAGGAGAUGAUGUGGAGCCUCAAAUUCAACCUGAUUCUCUGGUUCCAGUUGCUAGAUUUCACGGUUCCCGUCUUGCCUCAGGCCCUUCACCUGCACCAUUUCAGCAAACAAUGGAGUCUAAUGGUAAUGGAUCCUCUGGUCAGCCGCACAAAGUGCGACGUUUAUCUUCAGGAGCCACUAUUGGUGCUGCUAUCGUCGAAGCAGAGGAUAGUAUUGAAACAGAAGAACAUGAGAACAAAGAAGAAUUGAAAGCAAAACUUAAGGAGUUGAUCCGUGACAAAUCUGAUGUUUUUAACUCCAAAAAUCACGAGGAAGAUAAGAUUAAACUGGGAGAACCAGGAUGGAAAGAAAGGUAUUAUGAAGAAAAGUUUUCAGCAAAAACUCCAGAGGAAAUGGAAGCAAUACGAAAAGAUGUUGUUUUGAGGUACACGGAAGGUCUAUGUUGGGUUAUGCACUAUUACUAUGAAGGGGUUUGUUCUUGGAGGUGGUUUUAUCCUUAUCAUUAUGCACCCUUUGCAUCUGAUCUAAAGGAUCUUGGUCAGCUAGAUAUUCAGUUUGAGCUGGGCUCCCCCUUCAAACCAUUCAAUCAGUUAUUGGGGGUUUUUCCUGCGGCAAGUGCCCAUGCACUUCCUGAGCAGUAUAGGAAAUUGAUGACUGAUCCAAAUUCACCCAUUAUUGAUUUUUACCCAACUGAUUUUGAAAUUGAUAUGAAUGGGAAGCGGUUUUCAUGGCAGGGUAUUGCAAAAUUGCCUUUCAUUGAUGAAGAACGUCUUCUUGCAGAGGUUGCAAAAAUAGAACAUACUUUGACGGAGGAAGAAGCACGGAGAAACAGUAUAAUGUGUGACAUGCUUUUUGUGGCAGCAUCACACCGUCUCUCAGAACAAAUAUUUUCUCUUGACAAUCAUUGCAGACAUUUGACAGAGAAGGAACGAAUUGAAGUCAAGGAGGAAGUCAAACCUGACUUGAGGUCUGCAUGCAGUGAUGGGAUGAAUGGUUACAUUUCCCCUUGUGCUGGAGAUACUCACCCUCCUAUAUUCAGGUCUCCAAUCAAGGACAUGGAAGAUAUAUUGGCCAAUGAAGUCAUAUGCUGCAUAUAUAGACUUCCAAAAGCUCAUAAACAUAUCACCCGUCCUCCAGCUGGAGUUACAUUCCCUCCUAAGAUGGUGCAAUUCAGUGAUAUGAAGCCCGAACCUGUGUUAUGGCAUGAAGAUUCUGGAAGGAGACCUUGGGAAAAUGGAAGGUCACCUGCACAAGCUCUUCAUUUGAUGGAAAGGCAUAACCCUCCGGGAGCCAUUUCUGGCCGUAAGCUUGGGGAGGCAUCACACAGACUCGUUGCUAAUAGCUUACAGUUGAAGGGAGAUCGUAAUGGGUUCAGUAAUGAUAUACAUGCUCCACCACCAUUAUAUGCUGCCGCUCCGUAUGUUCCACCAGUCAAUUCCCAUGUAAAUUAUGGGUUUCAUAACCAGGGGCAGCAUAGAAUGGUUCCUCCUGGACAAGAUUACCCCAGUGCAGGUUACCCCUUACCUCAAACUCCUUUGCGUCCUCCGUAUGCCCAUGGCUACAAUGAACCCUAUGGUCCUCAUCAAUACCAAAUUCAUAACCAAGCAGCUGCCAAUAAUUUGCACUACCCUCCGAGACAUGAUCAGAAUGGUGGAUCAAGGCACAUGCCCAGGUCUAUGGCACAAGUGUCAAUGGAGGCUAGUCCUUAUCCUUCUCAUCAAGGUGGAUAUGAUGCCAACCGGAUAUAUCAAGCACCUGGAAUUGGUAGUCAUCAGCAGUGGGGUGGUAGAAUGGCUCCACAGGCCAACCAGGAUGUUUUGGGAGGCUAUGGCCUACAUCAACAAGGUGUAGUUAACCGUGGUAUUCAUAGAGGUUAUGACCAUCAGCAACAAAGAGGUAACCAAUUGCAUCAUCAGAGGGGAGAUCAUCACCAGAGAGGGAGCCAGCCACACAGGGGCAAUCAACAACAUGGCGGCAACCAACAACAAAGAGGAAACUCGUAUGCUGCAUUAGAUAGGCAACGCCAUAGGAGGGCCCCAGUGGAGAAUAACCACUGAAAGAUCACUUUUAACUGCAGUUAGGUGUUGAUGUUUGAAUUGUUGUAUAAUAGUAUUAGUUUUUCCGAGUGGCUAAGGUUUUUUUUUUUUUUUUCCUAGAAAAAUAAGAGAUGAUGUCUAUUUCCCAUUUGAGAACUUCUUAAUUAUAACAUUACAUUAAACAACUUCAAGAUUGGAGGUUUUGCUCCAUUCCGUGAAAAGUAAUUUUAAGUAUAUUUUUUCUAA